AUGGCUCCCAUCGCCCUCGAGAACAGCGCCACCGCCCCCGUCCCCACCAAGGACUCCAUCAACAAGGCCCGUGAUGGCCAGGCUCUUGAGGAGCUCUCCGACGACAUCGAUGCCGUCAACGUCCUCCGCGACACCAUGAAGAAGGAGGGCUACACCGACGACGAGGCCGACAUCUACGCCAAGUCCAAGUUCGACGCCGAGAAGGACAAGACCAAGUUCCGCCAGUACGAGGAGGCCUGCGACCGCGUCAAGAACUUCUACCGCGAGCAGCACGAGAAGCAAACCGUUGCCUACAACAUCAAGGCCCGCAACGACUUCCGCUCCAAGACGCGCGCUGAGAUGACCGUCUGGGAGGCCAUCGAGAAGCUCAACACCCUCAUCGACGAGUCUGACCCCGACACUUCGCUCUCCCAGAUCGAGCAUCUUCUCCAGACUGCCGAGGCCAUCCGCCGCGAUGGCAAGCCCCGCUGGAUGCAGCUCGUCGGCUUGAUCCACGAUCUUGGCAAGCUCCUCUUCUUCUUCGACGCCCGCGGCCAGUGGGAUGUUGUCGGUGACACUUUCCCCGUCGGCUGCGCUUUUGACAAGCGCAUCAUCUACCCCGACACCUUCGUGGGCAACCCCGACUACGGCCACGAGAUCUACGGUGAUGAGCAUGGCAUCUACACCCCUGGCUGCGGUCUCGACAACGUCAUGCUCUCCUGGGGUCACGAUGAGUACCUCUACCACAUCGCCAAGGAGCAGUCCACCAUCCCCGAUGAGGGUCUUGCCAUGAUCCGCUACCACUCCUUCUACCCCUGGCACAAGGAGGGUGCGUACAAGUGGAUGAUGAACGAGAAGGACGUGAAGAUGCUUGAGGCCGUCAAGGCUUUCAACCCUUACGACCUGUACUCCAAGAGCGACGACAUGCCCAAGGCCGAGGAGCUCAAGGACUACUACCAGUCGCUCAUCGAUGAGUACUUCCCCAACAAGGUCGUCAAGUGGUAG